UUUUACUCUGGCCGUUUGAGCAAAUGCCGGCACAUGAAGAUUUCAAAGCUUUUCCUGCUGGGAAGAUUGUUGGAGGACGAUGGAGAGUUAUUGGCAAGCUGGGUGAGGGUGGUAUGGGGGCUGUAUAUAAGGUGGAAGACAAAAAUCGCAAAAACUUUUUCGCCGCGAUGAAGGUGGAAGAUGAUUCGUAUGAAGGCGGUGUACUAAAACUAGAAGUGUUCAUCCUCAAAAAGCUGCAGAAGAUGAAGGAUACUGUAAAAUUGUAUGAUUCUGGAAAACGGGACAAAUAUUGUUUUAUGGUCAUGACUCUUUGUGGCAAAGAUUUGAUGACUCUUAAGAGAAUAUCAGCCAGGCCGUUUUCGGAGUCAACUACACUUCGAUUAGCGAUCAGCACUCUGUAUGCCAUAAAGCAGGUGCACGAAAUUGGCUACGUUCAUCGUGACAUCAAGCCAGGAAAUUGCAUGAUUGGCAAGUACGGAAGGGACACUAGAAUGAUAUACUUGAUUGAUUUUGGUAUGGCUCGAUCAUUUGUCGCUAAAGAUCAGUCUACUGGACAAUUAGCUAUACGUAAACCCAGAGAAGGCGAACAGUUGUUCCGCGGUACACCUAGAUACUGCAGCUUAAAUACUCAUCUUAGAAAAGAACAGGGACGGGUUGACGACCUGUGGUCAUGGCUUUACAUGCUUGUUGAACUUCAUGUCGGUUUGCCUUGGAAUCGUCUUGUAGACGAAAAGGAAAUCUUCGCAAGAAAGUCGCGAUGCACGCCGAAACAAUUAUUUCGGUCAUGUCCUGAGGAGUUCUUUAAGAUUUAUGAUUAUUUGCGAACGCUGAGAUAUCAAGACAGACCAGACUAUUACGGACUAUUUAGUGAGUGUGCAGCGGGUUUGAAGCGAGUCUAUGGAUCGUUCCUGGACCGCUACGAAUGGGAAAUUGGAAAACUACAAGACGAAGUUAACACUGCUCUUUCAAUAUCUGAAGAGGACCGUAAACCUCAUAAGGCUCUUGGCCGGACAAAACUUGCGCAUAAAACAUAUCCAUUUGCAACUAAAGCAGCUUUUGAAAAGAAUAUACUUAUGCUGUAA